GGGAUACAAAAUCUUCUCAUGAUCCCUGUAGCUUCUCUGCUCUUUCCGAAGAAGCACACCCACGCAGCCAUACAGCAAGCAGUUCCACACGUAGGAUUGCCCGGGGUCCCACCAAAAAUCACGACAACAAAAAUUCCAGAGCCCACCAUGUACAACCAAGCAGAAGUUUAAUAGCUUCUUCCAUAAGCAAAAAAUGUCCACUGAAAGAGAAAGACUUUGAUCGACCUCAAGUCAAUUACUGUUUCUCUUGUUUUUCUUAAUCCUAAAAUAACCCACCCAGCAUUCCAUUUGUCCUACAUGAAGGAGGAUGGCUUCCAAUGGAAUCCCCUUCACCAGAGCAACCGCAAGAGGCAUAUUACUGCCAGUGGGAUUCCGAUUCCACCCCACAGAAGAAGAGCUGAUCGGCCAUUACUUGCAGUUGAAGCUCCGGGGAGAGGAUUCCCUCGUCAGCGACGUCAUCCGUGAAAUCAAUAUCUGCAAACACGAGCCCUGGGACUUGCCUGCUAAGUCAUUGAUAAAGUCGGAUGAUGAGGAAUGGUACUUCUACAACCGACCAAUUUACAAAAAUAACAGCAGACACGACAUCGAAAGGGCGACAAGCACAGGCUUCUGGAAGAUCACUGGCCGGGAUAAAAUAGUCACGGCUCGAGACAACAAAACUAUCGGUAAAAAGAGGAUUCUGACAUUUUACCGAGGUCGCCCUCGUCAAGCCCAAAUUACCCCCUGGGUCAUGCAUGAGUUUUACAUCCCUCAAGUCAGUCCUAAUGCCAAUCGGAGGGAUUUCGUUCUCUGUCACGUAAAGAAGAAAUCAGGUAAGAAUACGGAUGUUUCAACCUGUGAUGAAGGUGAAUCUAGUAAUUACAACAAUGCACAUGACUUUGAAAAUCAACUGCAACCAGCACAUAAUAUGCAUGUUGAAGAGGAACGUACUCAGCCACCACCAAAUCCGGACAUUUUUCAGAGGCAUAUGGGCAGUAUGCUUGCAAAUGCGCAUGAUAAUAAUGAUUACCAUGGAACGCAAUCUGCACCUGGAGCUAAUGAAUCGGAUGGAGAUUCAGAAGAGUUCGUAAAUACAGUUAUUGUUGACCCGUAUGAGGCUUUCAGUGAACAAAUAACUCACGCUAACGUCUUAAAUAACUCCACUCUGCCACAGUCACCUAGGAAGGUGUAUUUAAAGGAUUGUGGAGUAAGCAGUGGCUCAGCCACAGAAGUACAACAUGCAGUUGAACUUGAAGAGUCCCGGGGCGGGAAAGGUGUUACGCUUCGUAACCGGAUCUUAAUACAGGCUGCUUCCUCUACCAAUGUAUUACCUAAACCUCAGACUGAUCGUCUUCAAUCAGUCAGUGAUGAAGAUUCUGGUGCAUCAAGACCCAUUAAAAAGAGUGCUUCCUCUGUGGAUGUAGAUGCAGAUAGCCUUCAGAUUAACUCUAUUCAGUUAGCCUCCGACGAAUACUAUAACAAUGAGAGAAGAACAUAUUCAACAAGUGCCCUCUUAGCACCAGGCAAACCUAAUGAAUUAGAACAGCAGCAAAGCAAGGCCAAAGUAGCUGCAGAGCGUCGAGCUGCUGUUGAUUUUCCCCCGAAGAGGAACUUUAUAACAGAAUCUAACAAAGACGCAGAGGCGGUUCAAGGCAAUAAUACAGAAAAGGGUUUGAAGCAGACACACAAUGCAACCACCGCCGGCAAUUGGAUGAGCUGUUCUUUCAUUUCCUGGGAAACUUUCCCCCCAUUAACAAGUCCCCCAUCAGUAUACCUUUUCAACACGGUUCUAGGUGCGAUAUUGUUCUUUGUUUUUGCUUGGGAAGUAGUUUUAUAUGGGCAGUGGUGCUAGAUGAGCGUCACACAAUGAGUAAUGCCAGACUUAGUGGUUGCUUAUUGCUGCUAUAAAAUGUGGGAGUACCAGCCAUGUUUUGCAGUGAUGAAAUGUUUACAUUUGGCAUAGCCUAUGGUAGGCCUGGCAUUUUGGACCCAA